GGGUGUGUUGAGAUGGAGAUAUGCUUCUCUGUAGGGUAUCUAUUUUAGUGAUGAAAUCAUUAUUAGCCCAGGGGAAAUGAUGACUACUGGAUGUGCAAAACUACAGCAAGACAGUAAUGGUCAUUAAGUAUUUAUAGAGGAUAGCCACAUUAUGGGCUGGAUAUAAAAUAAACAGGACAACACCUGUCAUCCUAUCAAUAUUCAUUGGACAUUUACCUGCAUGAACUAACAGGAGGAGCAACAAUACCUGAAGUAAUUGCAUUUGAUAAUAGAAGAAGAUGCCAACUUGCAAACCAGAGGAAAUGUACUGGAUAGAAGGCUCUCAGAGGGAAAAUGGAUUGGAGCACUUCUACACGCUUGGUCAGGAGCUUGGAAGGGGAGCCACUUCUGCUGUUUUCAGAUGCGAGGAGAAGGGGACACAAAAACCUUAUGCUGCAAAGAUUAUGAAAAAGACUGUUGACAAAAAAAUUGUAAGGACCGAAAUUGGAGUGCUGCUGCGCCUUUCACACCCUAACAUUAUUAAACUCAAGGAAAUCUUUGAGACAUCAACCGAUAUUGUGCUAAUUCUAGAACUGGUUACAGGAGGGGAACUAUUUGACAGGAUUGUAGAGCGUGGAUAUUACAGUGAAAGAGAUGCAGCGUGUGUUGUACAACAAAUACUGGAGGCAGUUUCCUAUCUACAUGAAAAUGGAGUGGUUCACCGUGACCUAAAACCUGAAAAUCUUCUCUAUGCUGACAUGUCCCCCAAUUCUCUUCUUAAAAUAGCGGACUUUGGCCUGUCAAAAAUCAUUGAUGACCAAGUAGCCAUGAAGACUGUUUGUGGAACACCAGGAUACUGUGCACCAGAAAUUCUUCAGGGCUCCCCAUAUGGCCCAGAAGUUGACAUGUGGUCUGUUGGAGUCAUUGCAUACAUCUUGUUAUGUGGCUUUGAACCAUUUUUUGACCUACGGGGUGAUCAAUACAUGUACAGUAGGAUUCUUACUUGUGACUACGAAUUUGUUUCUCCAUGGUGGGAUGAAAUCUCUUUGAAUGCCAAGGAUCUGGUCAAGAAGCUGAUUGUGCUGGAUCCACAGAAAAGAUUAACGGUUUAUCAGGCUCUGCAGCAUCCCUGGGUAACGGGAAGAGGCGCUAAGGUUUCCCAUAUGGAUCAAACACAAAAGAAACUUCAGGAAUUUAAUGCAAAGCGCAAACUUAAGGCAGCCAUGAAAGCUGUAGUAGCUUCAAGCCGCUUAGGAAGCCACAGUCAUGUUGAGAACUCGAGAAGUCUGCAAAGCUCUGAUGUUCCACAAAGAUGUAAUUGUUCAGGUUCUGAUGCAGGAGAAAGCCAUUCGACAACUGAACAGCAACGUAUCUUGCAAGAACCAUCUCCUGAACCUGUACAACAGGAGCAUUCUAUAGUCAUUGGAACUGAUAGUUAACACCAGGGCUCAAGUCCUGCGGGAACGCGUGGGAACGGAGUUCCUGCACUUUUUUCACAGCUGGAACGCAGUU